AUGUCUUCCCUCUUUGACGCCGUACUUCAAUCUGAAUUGGGGUCGACAGCUGGCUCCCGUGACAAUAGGCUCCAUUCAGAUCACCUCCCCAGCUCUCGGCCACAACCGCCAUCCGAAAGUAAUGGCCCGUUGAGCGAGAUACAUGGCGGCUUCCCCGAUGACCAGGUCGUGAACCCUAGCCGGUCGACUGUAAGUCGACUUCGAAAUCCCUAUCUUCCUGGGCCUCCUCCGGUGGUCGACUUGGCCGGAGAGAAAGUACAGCAGGCCUUUGAAGAACUGCUUGAGACCUAUGUGGAGGAACCGUCAUUGUCGGCGCCUCCACCGUCGUCGGAGAUACUGAGUGACAAAUAUUAUAUCGCACAAAUCCACGGCAUGAAGAAAUUCGAGCUUUCUACCCUCUAUGUCGACUUUACCCACUUGACUUCUCUCAAUAACCAGAUUCUGGCGGAUGCGAUUGCCAACCAAUACUUUCGAUUCCAACCCUUCCUAACAAGGGCCCUUCACAAUUUAAUUGCGAAAUAUGAACCCGAAUACUUCGUUUCUCAUCGUCAAGCCAGCAGUGCCUCCUCCCAGGCUAGCUCAUCCAUGAUGGCCGCCAAUGCAAGCGUGACCGAAAACCCUGACUUGGAGCGGAAUAUGCGCGAGAAAACCCGCCAUCAGCAGACUGACAAGCUGUUUUCGUUGGCAUUCUACAACCUGCCUUUGGUUUCUAGACUGCGCCAACUCCGUACCGCCCAAAUUGGAAAGCUGCUCUCAAUUUCUGGUACCGUUACUCGAACAUCUGAGAUUCGGCCUGAGCUCUCUCUUGGGACCUUCGUUUGUGAGCAGUGCAAAUCUGUUGUCUCGAAUGUGGAACAGACUUUCCGAUACACCGAGCCAACACAGUGCCCGAACGACAUAUGCAUGAACCGCUCUGGAUGGCGCCUCGAUAUUGGGAAGAGCACAUUCGUCGACUGGCAAAAGGUGAAACUACAGGAGUCAUCACACGAAAUUCCAACUGGGAGCAUGCCCCGCACCAUGGAUGUGAUCUUGCGUGGCGAGAUGGUCGACCGCGCCAAGGCCGGUGAACGUUGCAUCUUCACCGGGACGCUGAUUGUAAUUCCUGAUGUCAGUCAACUGGGACUUCCAGGUGUACGACCGGAGGCUGUUCGCGAUAACGGUGCUUUCCGGAGUGGCGAUGUCGGUGGAGGAGGUGUCACUGGUCUCAAGUCACUGGGUGUCAGAGACUUGACUUAUCGACUGGCGUUCCUUGCCUGUAUGGUCACCCCUGACACCACAACUCCUGGCCAGCAAUCAAACCAGCAGUUGAAUGGCCAAUCCCACAACAUCCUGGCUUCAUUGAACCAAAACAAUGAACCGGAAGUCGACGAGGACAAAGCCCAGGAGGCUCUCCUUCAGAGUUUCACCCCAUACGAAGUGCAGGACUUGAAGAAUCUGGUCCACUCAGAGUAUAUCUACUCUCGAUUGGUAGAUUCAAUCGCCCCUAUGAUCUACGGUCACCGGCAGAUCAAGAAGGGGUUGCUUCUCCAAUUGAUUGGAGGUGUCAGCAAACAUACGGAGCAGGAGAACAUGCAAUUGCGUGGUGAUAUUAAUAUCUGCAUUGUUGGUGAUCCCUCGACAAGCAAGAGUCAGUUCUUAAAGUAUAUCUGUUCUUUGCAUCCUCGCGCUGUUUAUACUAGCGGCAAGGCAUCAUCUGCAGCCGGUCUGACCGCAUCUGUCGUCAAAGAUGCCGAGACUGGUGAAUUCACUAUUGAAGCCGGUGCUCUGAUGCUUGCUGUACGGGGUAUCUGUGCUAUCGACGAGUUUGACAAGAUGGACAUCAGCGAUCAAGUUGCUAUCCACGAAGCGAUGGAACAACAAACUAUCUCUAUUGCCAAAGCGGGCAUUCAUACUACACUUAAUGCUCGUGCAUCGAUUCUUGCAGCUGCUAAUCCUGUUGGUGGUCGUUAUAACCCGAAGGCUACAUUGCGCGCAAAUCUCAACUUCAGUGCUCCUAUCAUGAGCAGAUUCGACUUGUUCUUUGUGAUUCGAGAUGAGCCGAACGAAACGGUGGACCGUAAUUUGGCUGACCACAUCGUCAACGUGCACAUGAACCGUGAUGAGGCCGUCCAGCCAGAAUUGAGCACGGAACAAUUGCAGCGCUACAUUCGGUUUGCGCGAACCUUCAGACCCGUGUUCACUGAAGAAGCUAAGGCUUUGCUUGUUGAGAAGUACAAAGAGCUGCGAGCAAACGACGCUCAAGGAGGCAUUGGCCGCUCUUCAUAUCGGAUCACAGUCCGUCAGCUCGAGUCUUUGAUUCGUCUCUCCGAGGCUGUCGCCAAGGCCAACUGUGUAGAGGAGAUCGUACCGAGCUUUGUACGGGAGGCCUAUGACCUCCUACGCCAGAGCAUCGUCACCGUCGAGAAGGAUGAUGUUGAAGUUGACGACGACGAAGGCACUCAUGCGAAUGCAGGCGCUGGUGAAGAGGAUCACGAGAUGGCUGAUCGGGAUAGGGAAGGUGACAGUCCCAUGCGUGACCAUGCGGAAGCACGACCGCGUCAGAAGACGAAGAUCACGUAUGACAAGUACAUGAAGAUCCUGAAUCUGUUUGUUCGCCGCGUGAGUGAGGACGAAUCGAGGUCGGGCGAAGGUGUCGAGCAAGAAGAUCUGAUUGUCUGGUACCUGGAGCAAAUUGAGUCUGAGUUAAACAGCGAGGAAGACCUACAGCGUGAGCGUGACCUGGCUGGAAAAGUUUUGAAAAGAAUGGUCAAGGAAAAUAUCCUCAUGCCAAUCCGAGGAGAGGGUCUGGUGGAUGCUGAUGGGGAUCCGCAAGAACAGGUUCAACGGACCGUCUAUGUGCUGCAUCCUAACUGUGCCUACGAGGAGGCUUAA